AUGACGAUUUUGGGAGGAAUCAAUUUGCUUCUGUUGUUAUGCGCUUCCUUUUUUUCAGGGUAUGAAGUGAGCGCAUUAUCUUAUGAUUACACAGCUAGUAUUGAGUGUUUGGAAAAGCCUCAUAAACCACAAUACAGUGGAGGCAUCGUCGUAAACCCGGAACUAAAACAUGGCUUGAAAGGAUGGUCUGCUUUUGGCAAUGCAAAACUACAACACAGAGAAUCACAAGGCAACGAGUUCGUUGUGGCACAUAGCAGAUAUGAACCGCAUGACAGUAUUUCUCAAAAAAUUUAUUUGCAUAGGAACAAGCUCUAUUCAUUCUCUGCUUGGAUACAAGUGAGUAACGGUAGUGUACCAGUAACAGCAGUUUUCAAGACAAAUAGUGGAUUCGUAUUUGCUGGUUCGAUUGUUGCCAAAUCAAAUUGUUGGUCCAUGCUCAAAGGUGGUCUAACUGUCAAUUCAUCAGGCCCAGCUGAGCUUUAUUUUGAGAGCAAUAUAGCAUCUGUUGACAUUUGGGUUGAUAGCAUCUCAUUACAACCAUUCACCGAAAAGCAAUGGAAGUCUCAUCAAGAUCAAAGCAUUACCAAAAUUCGUAAGAGAAAUGUGAGAAUUCAAGCACUUGAUGCACAAGGUAAUCCACUAGAAAACGCAACAAUCUCCAUACAACAAAAGUUUUCAAGUUUCCCUUUUGGGUGUGCUAUCAACAAGAACAUCCUCACCAACAUUGCCUACCAAAAUUGGUUCACAUCAAGGUUCAGAGUCACAACAUUUGAAGAUGAAAUGAAAUGGUACAGCACUGAACCUUCUUGGGGUCAUGAAUAUUACUCCGUGGCUGAUGCCAUGCUUCAGUUUGCGAGAAAACACAAUGUUGCAGUCCGUGGCCACAAUGUGUUCUGGGAAGAUCCCCAGUACAACCCCGGUUGGGUCAAAUCACUCACUAAGCAGCAACUUUUUACCGCCACUGCCAAGAGGCUUCACUCUGUUAUCAAUAGAUACAGAGGGCAAGUUAUAGCAUGGGAUGUGGUGAAUGAAAAUCUACAUUUUAAUUUCUUUGAACAUAUCUUGGGUUCAAAAGCUUCUGCCCUUUUUUAUAACAUGGCUAUUAGAACUGAUGGAGCAACCACCAUGUUCAUGAAUGAAUUUAACACCAUUGAGGACAGUAGAGAUGGUUUAUCUACACCCGCUAAGUACCUUCAGAAGCUGAGAGAGAUACAAACUUUUCUGGGUAACAGAAAUGCACGGUUAGGGAUUGGGCUUGAGUCUCAUUUUAGUAUGGCUCCUAACCUUCCUUACAUAAGAGCUUCAAUCGAUACUCUUGCUGCUGCAAGAUUGCCCAUUUGGAUUACAGAAUUAGAUGUGAAAAGCAAUCCCAAUCAGGCUUUGUACUUGGAACAAAUUUUGAGAGAGCUACAUGCUCACCCUCAGAUUCAAGGAAUUAUUAUUUGGUCUGCUUGGAAACCUCAGGGAUGCUACAGAAUGUGUUUGACCGAUAACAAUUUCCGCAACUUGGCCACUGGUAAUGUUGUUGACAAGCUGUUACAUGAAUGGGGUUUGAGGGCUGGCUUAACUUCUUCUGGCAUGACAGACGCUAAUGGUUUCUUUGAGUCCUCUCUCUCCCAUGGUGAUUACAAAGUGAAAAUCACUCGGCCAUCAGCGGUGAUAAAUUCGUCCUUGGUUCAAACACUGAUUGUGGCACCAACCACUGCGUCCCACCAACCUUUGGAGAUCCAACUUUCUGUUUGA